AUGUUCUCCAAGGCUGUCUUCAUUAUCACUGCCGCCUUCGCCACGUUUGCCGUUGCGGGCUCGACCGGCGUCAUCCACAAGAGCUGCACUACAGGUCCCGUCCAAUGCUGCAACGUCCUCGCGGCGUCAACUUCCUCAGCAGGGCGAGACAUUAUCGCUGGUGUCAACGUUGAUAUUCACCGCGUCACUGGCCUCGUUGGCGCUCAAUGCUCCCCAGUUGCUAUCAUCGGAGCGGGUAGCGCGCGACGUCGCCAGUGUGCUGCGAAAGGAACUUCUCAAAUCAACUCGUCGGUAUCAAUUGCAGCCCUGUCAACGUGCAGCUCUGAAUUGGAAAUGAAAUAA